AUGCCCGGCGGAAAGGGAAAGUCUGUUGGCGGAAAGGCUGGUGCGAAGGAUGCUGCGGGGAAAACCCAGAAGUCUCACAGCGCAAAGGCGGGUUUGCAGUUCCCUUGUGGUCGUGUCAAGCGUUUCUUGAAGAACAACACGCAAAAUAAGAUGCGAGUUGGCGCUAAAGCUGCGGUCUAUGUCACGGCUGUUCUGGAAUACCUGACUGCGGAAGUCCUCGAACUUGCUGGUAACGCCGCCAAGGAUCUGAAAGUAAAGCGUAUCACGCCCCGCCACCUACAGCUCGCCAUCCGUGGUGACGAGGAGUUGGAUACUUUGAUCCGCGCCACCAUCGCUUUCGGUGGUGUCCUGCCACGUAUCAACCGUGCGCUGCUACUCAAGGUGGAGCAGAAGAAGAAGAACAAGUCCGAGGCUUAA